GGUAUCCGCCCGGUGGACCCGAGUGGCCGUCACCGUGGGCCCGAGAGGCUAGACCAGGAUGCACAAGAAAAGAUGCCAGUGGAAAUGCCGCGAAUCUUCCGGGAUGAGGAUCGACAGGCGAAACGUCCGUUUAGGUGUCACGGGGUGGUGGCACGCAGGGCAGCGCCCGCUUGGUCUGCAGCAUGCAUGACGCUAUCGGGAGCGGUGCCGCGUCGAGUCGCAGCCGUGACCGUGGCAAUGGGUACGUCCGAAACGAGGGAAAAGGGAGACGGGGGAUGA